AACACAGUUCCUUUCCUUCUGGGGGCUUAGAGUUUGCAAUCACCAACUACAUCAACAACCCUUCUUCUUCUUUUCCUUGGUUUACUAUACAUGGGGUAUUGGAAAUCGAAGGUUCUUCCUAAGAUCAAGAAGGUUUUUGAGACUGGUGCUUCUAAGAAGGCGGCAGCUGCUGCAGAAGUUUCCAAGUCCUUUGAUGAAUCCAAGGAGGCAAUCAAUAAGGAAGUGGAAGACAAGAAGACUGAGCUCCAACCUAAAGUAGUUGAAGUCUAUGAAGCUUCACCAGCUGAAAUCAAGAGCCUAGUUAAGGAACCCAAAAAGGAAGGAUUGAAGAAGCACUCCGCUGCAGUUAAUAAGUUCCUUGAAGAGCUUGUUAAAAUAGAGUUCCCGGGAUCGAAACAAGUGAGUGAAGCAUCAUCACAAUAUGGAGCAACCUUGGUAUCAGCCCCAGUGUUGUUUAUCUUGGAAAAGGUCUCUACCUUUGUGGUAGUAGAAGAGAGAGCAGUGGAGGCACCCGCAGAAACCACAGCAACGGAGGCAGAAGAAAGCAGCAGCAAGGAGAAGGAGAUAGUCGUGGAAGAAGAGAAGAAAGAAGAAGUGAAGGUAGAAGUGGCGGCACCGGUAGGGGAAGCGGUUAAAGAGCCAAAGGCUUGAAAACACCAUCUUCAACAAGUAAUUGAACUGUUUGUGUGUGCAUAAAUGUUGAAGUUUACUCCAUAUACCAAGCAAACGACAAAUUAAGAUUUGAUUUGUUGUUAAUUCUUUUUGUUAUCUCUCUGUAAAGCUUUCAUGUGUUCUUCAUUGUGAUAUCUGGUAAUAUUAUUGUUCAUGGUUAAAUGUUGUAGAGUAAUUUGCAGGUUGUGGGUGGUUUUGUUCCUUACUAAAGUUGGGUGCAUUUC